AUUAGUCUCUGAAUGCUAAGCCCUGAGGGCCAUAAAAGGUAAGUGACUCAACAUGGGAGGCAAGCCCUAGAUUCAAAUUUUAUCUCAUCUGUUUUAUCAGUUGUCAGGCCUAGGAAAUUUUAUUUGCUUCUCAGUUUUCUUAUAUAUGAGAAGAAGACUUUAAUGUCUGCCCAGCAGGGUUAAAGGAGAUAAAAAGCAUAAAAUGCCAUCUUCAGAGUAAAUAGAAUUCUUUCUUCACACCCUCUAUUCUUGUCAGCUCACAAACCACUAAGAUGGAAGCCUCCAGCAUCCUAGAACAAUGACCAGGUGACCUGGCUCACGAUUCUGCAGAAGUCUACCUUUCUAGGCCAACAGCAUCCUCAGUUGCUUGGUCAAUUAGUCUAAUCGCAGUUUUCCAGGAAUCAAGGCCAGAGAUGUGAACAAGGUGUCAACUCUGAAAGGAAGAUUUUUGUAAGGAUGGAUCCACACCAAAAGGUCCCUAGCAUGUAUAAUGGGGAUACUUUACAGAUUCCUGAGUUUGAAAAUGUCUCUCAGUAUGAAGAACAGUUAGAAAGUCAUGAGUGUAGGCCCACAGAAGAAAAACGGUAUAAAUGCAGUGAAUGUGGAAAGAAGUUUGCCCAGAGCUCAGGUCUUGUACGACAUCGAAGAAUCCACACCGGAGAGAAACCCUAUGAGUGUGAUCACUGUGGAAAAGCAUUCAGCGUUCGCUCAACCCUCACUGUACAUGAAAGAAUUCACACUGGCGAGAAGCCCUAUAUUUGUAUUGAGUGUAAGAAGGCCUUCAGUGUAAGGGCACACCUGAUUAUACAUCAGAGAAUCCACAAUGGAGAGAAACCUUAUGAAUGUAAUGAGUGUGGCAAAGCAUUUAGUGUGAGCUCAGACCUUAUCAAACAUCAGAGAAUCCAUACUGGUGAGAAGCCUUAUGAGUGUGAUGAGUGUGGGAAAGCUUUCAGUGUGAGCUCAGCCCUCAUCAAACAUCAGAGAAUCCACACAGGAGAAAAGCCAUAUGAGUGUAAGGAGUGUGGAAAGGCCUUCUAUGUGAAUUCAGCCCUUAUUAAUCACCAGAGGAUUCACUCUGGAGAAAAGCCCUAUGAGUGUGGAGAGUGUAGAAAAGCAUUCAGCCAGAUCUCGACCCUUAUUCAUCACCAGAGAAUCCAUACUGGAGAGAAACCCUAUGAGUGUGAAGAGUGUGGGAAAGCUUUCCGUGGAAGCUCUAAUCUUACUAAACACCAGAAAAUACAUGACAAAGGAAAGUAUCAUCAAUAAUUUAGGUGGUGAAUAUAUUCGAAAAUCCUUUUGUUGAUCAGAAGAUACCUUCAAAAGAAGAGAUGGUAAAUGUUAAUGCCUUAAUAAACACUUCAUCCCAUGGAAUAUUAAAGAAGUGAACAGUCACUGAAAAGUGACUCUGAGCAUAAUGGCUAAGACUCUAAGAUUACAACUACUUCCAAGAAUACAGUUUAACAACUCAUAAGAUGAAGGUUUAUAAGUAGAAUCAUCUGAGUAGAGAACAUUCUUCUGGGAUCAGCAUUGAAAUGAUGAUAUGUUUUACCCCAAACCAGCACAACUGUGGUGACUCCUGGCUUUAAACAAGGACUUCAUUUCAAAACAGAGUAUUCCAGAAGAAGUCCAUCACCGAGUAAUGUCCAGGGAACUAAAUAGGAGCAUUCCUCAGGGGCCUCGCACUAAACACAUCUAUGGGCUUCUAAAAUUUAUAAAAGCGAAAGGGGAGUUCCUUUAAGGACACACAACAGUCAUUGCCUAAAGCUAAGAAGAAUAUCACUGAUAAAGGGAUCUGAAAGACCUUGGAGAAUUUUCUCUGAAACUCAAUCCUGCCAAUGUUCUGGGAGUGGGAGACCCUUCAUUCAGCUUGCAUGAUUUUCAACUUCAGUAACUGUAGUAAAAACAGUAACUUCUC